GUCCCAUGCCAUCCGCUGAGCAGUAGGAGCGGCCCGCGUGGGACUUCAUCUAACAGAGCUCUCAUGAGAACAUCUGCGCUUUUUGUCGGCCAUGGAGCACCGCACAGUCACCUAUCUGGAACAGCUCUUGUAUCCCUGCCUUGCCGAUCUGUGCUGCUCGCAACAACUCUGAUCGCUUCGUCUUUCUUCCGCGUGGGGUUCGACCAGAGAUAUGGAGUGGCUGAACCUUCAACACCGACGGACGAAGUCCAAGGACUCAGGCUAUUUUCAUUCAGCUGUGCUGCUCUGCUAUUUCAACUGGGUCUCUGUAGCAUUACUCCUCUCGGAAGUGACCACGCCCUGCGCUUCUUUCCCUUUUGUCAUCUCCGCCUCGUACGCGGGCGCGUGAAGGGGCCAUUCUUGACAACUACCCCGAGGCAUAUCCUCGACAACACCUUGGUGCGGUCGAUUUCCCUUCCCUCCCAUGCACACCCCCUUCUCACAAUUCCCCUCUCGGCGGCGCCAGAUACCCGGCAGUUUUCAGUUUUCAAUUUUCGGGUUUUCGGGUGGAGGCUUCUUCUUCUUUUGCUCGCUUCAAGCGCGAGAGGAAAAAAGGAUCGGUGCCUAGUUUUCAUUUUCGACCCUCCUCAAGACAAUAUCCAACACGGUAACACCCGGAGCCUCGCACCAUAAAACACAACCUCGGUCCUCUACCCGCCGCCACCAGCCAUUAUGCCUCGUCCAAUUCAGCAAAUCAGCUCCUCGCUGCCUCGCGAGACUUUGCCGCCCUUGAAGCCGCAGACAUCUGCAGGUGCAUGGCAUCAACCCUCACGCGCCUCAACAGCAAAAG